ACGGCACUACGGGGACUCGCGGCGCGCGCUCAGUCGAUAACCACUCGCCGCCACGGACGCUAUACCACCAUAACGCGAGGCACCGGCGCACGCGCAAGCCUCUUAUCAGUGUCCACAGUAAACAAUACUACAUCAUAACGAAACACAACAUUACCAUCUACAAACAGUGUAAAAAAUUAAGAACACACACGCAGUGGAUCAGUGAAUUUCCCAGACCGAUACAAAGUGAGGAAAAUUGCGGAGAAAAGUCACGCAUCUUGAUGAGCAGCCAUUGAUUCAAGAUAGGGUUAACACAGGAGCCAAAGAUAUGCCAAAUGGAGUAUUCAAAGGUGGACGGGUGCAACAACAUCGCCAUACACGUCAUUCCACCCGAUGGAGAAGAAGAUGACGAGUUCUCUGCGCCGGCGCAGGAGGCGCCGCGGGUGCGCCUGCGCAGGAAGCUGAGCUCCCCGCUGAGCGCGCUGCCCGCCGACAACCUGCUCGCCAUCAACAACGUGCGCCGCUCGGCGGGGCGCUCUCUGUCGGCGCUGGAUCGCACGACGCGGCGCUUCAGCACGAUGGUGUCGUCGGCCGCCGCCGCCGCCGUGUCGCGCCGCCUCUCCGCCACCAUCGGCUGGUGCCUCGCCUCGCCCACGCAGGUCAAGCCGCACAUCGUGAGGCAGGGCCGCGCGCUCUGCCUCCAGUACAUCAAGUCGCAGAUACGACGCUCCACCAUUACUACUAAGAAACUGGUAAUGAAGCGUCUGCAGCGCAUGAUCGAGACGGAGUGCGGCGAGGACGCGGUGAGCAACGUGGAGUCGGGCGCGCUGGCGGCGCUGCGCAUGCUGUGCUGUGCGCUGGAGCGCAAGCGGCCGGACGCGUUCCGCCACGUGGCGCGCCAGGCCACGCGCGCGCCCGCCGCCAUGCUGCGCUCCGACACCGCGCUGGCCGAGCUGGCGCUGGCGCUCGCACGCCGGAUCACCAACGACAACAUCACCUGGUCUAAAAUGGCGGCAGUAUUCUGCGUGUGCGGCGCGCUGGCGCGGGAGGCCGCCGAGGCCGCCGGCGGGGAGCCCUCCACCGAGCUGGUGGCGGCGCCGGCGGCCGCGCUGGCCGACCUGCUGCACGAGGAGCCCGGCGGCUGGGUCGCCGCGCACGGCGGAUGGAACGGGCUGAUCGAGCGUCUGCGCGCGAGCGAGCGCGACCAACGCUCGGAGCGAACCCUGCGCGUCAUGAUCUCCGUGUUCGUGAUCAUCUGCCUCACGCUGCUGCUGCUGCGCUGGGUCAUCCACGCUCACCCCUCCUAUUACUGAAGACGCUAUUCUUACCGUGUAUUUUUAUACUUACUGGUAUUUAGGUUAAGUUUUACUGCAGCUAGUAUUUUUCUGUUUAAGCUAAGGAAGUAUUAUAAAUUAUAGUGUAUCUCAUUUGGGAAGGCAAUAACCUAGGUAUUAUAGUCUGGCAAGUUUCUUCCUAUAAUUCAUCAGCUUUUAAUAUACAGACAAAUAAAGAUAAUUGAGUUUAUUUAGUGAGGAAUAUCGACAGAGACAAAACACAUCGCACAUGACAAUCCGAACCGUCAUAUCUUGAAAAACGUAGUUUCGAGAUAUCGCGUUUUGAAAGUUUGGUGUCUCAUAAUU